AUGUCCACCCCGGCCAGGGAUACAUUCACUUCUCGCAGCUACAAGCUUGCAGGCCACUUCUACACUCCUGUUAUCGAUUCUCCCGCUCUUUCUGGAGCAGCUGUCGUCAUUGCCCACCCUUGGACCUCAGUCAAAGAACACUCCCCUACCCACUACGCUCGUGUCCUUUCUCAGGCCGGCUUCUAUAGCCUCGCCUUUGACGCGAGGGUUGAGGAUAUCAAGUCGGCGGUCACGUACCUCUUUAGCCGCGAUGAAAACGACUCUGAGAAAAUCGGCGUUCUAGGAAUCUGCGCACCAGGCGGUUACUUCUCCUUCGCAGCACAAACCGAUCUCCAGACCAAGGCUGUCGCAAUCUCUGCCGGCGUUUGCUCGGGCACAAUGGCGCGCCGCGGUCUCGACAAGGACGGGUCCAACCUUGAUAUCCUCCGCACCCAGCUCGAGGCCGCUGCGAGAGACCGCAAUAGCGACGUUACGGGAGAGAAGGUUGACAUUAUCCACAUUUUACCCGAUGAGUUCGACCCGGCCACCGCCCCUACCGAAAUGCCCGAGUCUUUCCGCGACCUGGCUUCGUACUAA